AAAGACAGGGCGGGCGGCAGUUGAAACGGUUGAAGAGUGAAUGCUCAAAGUGCCGACUCAACAGAGCACAGAUGACAGCAAAAACAAAAAUCCUUCAUUUCAUUCCAUUGACGAGGUCCUCUUUCAAAGAUCUCUCUCAUUCGUCGGCUUUCUUUUGUCACUCUUCCCAUUCCAUCAUUUCCCUUGUUGCCCAGUGUUAGUCCCUUCUUCUUCCUCUCUCUCCUCUCUUUGGAACUUUCUGUCUUCUGCAGUCUUUUAUAUGGCGCCCUUUUAUCUUCUACCAGGUCCAUUAUUCUAUCCUCGUCAUUUCCGAAGCUUCCCCCACUUUCCCUGUGUUUCCCAGUUUGGAACCCCAUUUGGAGUUUCAAGCCAUUACAGGAGGAUCGGCUCAUUUUUUCGUAUUGGGUUUUUAUGCCUCUAGAUGUUCGAUGAAAUUCCCACUCUAAGGCACACCCAAGUGUUAUCAAUAACAGAAGACACUCAUCCCCAGGACUCAUCAUUUUAGAGGAAAUUAUUCAGAGUCAAUGGCUUCAUCUCUGGAGGAGCUUCUUGCUGAAGAAGGUUUUAGAGGAAAAAGAAGGUUAAGGAAGUCUAAAGGGCCAUUCAAAUCACAUGCCACAAGCACCUCUAACGAUGAUUCCCAAGAAAUAAGAAACUUAGAUUCUGAUCUGGGUGGUCAAGGUAGAACCACUAUGAAGCCUUCUCUACUCCGGCAUAGCUCUAGUGGAGAUUUUCGUUCAAGAGGUAUAAUGAAGAAUUUGGCAGAAGGAGGUAAUUUUACAUACAGAGAAAAGAGAGAUGAAAAGUCAAAUAAACAAUACGUGGAGAGACUUGAUGGGAAAAGACAUGAUGGUGUAAUAGAACAAAAACCAUGCCUUGUGAAUUUAGCCAAGGAUAAACCACAAAGAGGAGAUAGAUAUAUUUCUGAGGAAGAAAAUGAGAAUUGCAAGGGCAUAUAUUCUAAUGAAGUGCAUGUCCAGCAUGGAGUAAAAUGUGUAGCCAAAGAAAAGGAGCAAUAUAAAGAGAGGUGGUCAGUGAAGAACAUAGAUGUGGAAAAAAGGCAAAGAAACAGUUUGAAGAAAAAUUUAUUUGGGCGUAUAAAUUUUCAUCAUUGCAAUAAGACAGCUGUAUAUUUUCCAGAGAGAUCUUAUGAUAAAACCAACGACAGUACAAGCAUUUGGAGAAACUUUGAAGAUGAUCACAGUCAAACACACGAUACUUUUGUAAAUUCAGUUUCUAUUCCUGCUUUAGAUGUAGUUGCUGUCCGAGCUGUGGUUUCUAUCAUUAAUGGUCAUCUUAAAUAUUUCCUCAAAGACAAGGAUUUCCGCUUGAUGCUUCGGAAAAAUAGUUUCAACCCACUGAAUGUUAAUGGAGUUGAAAAAUGCAACAGUUCCAAGGUUGUUGCCAACCUUGAACAAGCAAUUGACGUAGUAGAAAAAGCUGUUGAAGGACUGUCAACUGAAAAGGAUUUAAAGAAAGCAUUAUUGCAGCUGAGUAUGAUAGCAGGUCUGAAUACAAAUGGUUUAAAGGAUGGCUUUACAUUUGGGACAUCUAAUUCAAAAUUAUCUGCUUGUGCACAUCUCUAUCUCGGUAUAAUAUUCAAGAUACAAAAUAAAGAAAAUAGUGCAGCCAAGCAUAUUUUACAAGUAUUUUGCAAUCUGCCCUUUCAGGCACGGAUCGUUUUGUUUCCAGAACUAUGGGACGAGCUAUUUCUUCCACAUCUAUUACAUAUAAAUUCCUGGUAUGACCAUGAAGCUGAUUCAUUAGUCAAUACUCCAAGCCAGUCAAGAAACCAGAAACUUCUCGACACAGUGUAUUAUGAAACCCUGGAUUCUGGUACUUGUAAAUUUGCUGUUUACUACAAGGAUUGGAUCAGUGGAAUUGAAGCUUCUGAACCCUCCAUCGUGGUCCCAGCUGCAUCUUUUGAGGGAUUUCAUCAGGAAAUUCCUCUUAAUAAUUCUACUGCAACGACUCUUCCAAGUGAUUUUGUCUCACCUAAUCUGAUGGUCAGUAAAAAACUAUAUGAGGCUAUGUUUGCCACCUCAAAGAAUCAGGGAGCUCCAGAUACUGAAAGUGAAUGGGAAUUAGAGAAACUUGACAAUUGUGUCAGAAGCUCUACUAGUUCCACUGUUUCAAAACAUACACAGAUAUACUACUCUGACACAGUUAAAGACUUUGAUCAAGAUACUGAUGAGGAUUCUACAGGAAGCACAACGGAGAACACAUCCUCUUUCGAAAAUUGUAAAGCACAAGAAUGGAAGACGUACAAUAUCAAUGUUCUAUCUGAAAUGGACGGUAGUGAUGAUUCCUGCAGUUCUACAACAUGCAAAAAUAAUGAAAUUGACUUUGAAGUGCUGCAUGCUCAGCCACAUACAAAAGAAAACAGCUAUAGUCGACAAAAGCUUGCACAACCCUGCCUUGAACCUAUCAAAGUUAAUCCCUCUUUAAGAGAGCCACAUGAUAGUUAUGAGUCCUCUGAUGAAAGAUCCUCUCUCUUGAACAUCCCUAAGGACUUCAUCUGCCCUUUAACUGGACAGUUAUAUGAAGAUCCUGUGACCCUGGAAACUGGUCAAAGUUUUGAGAAGACGGCUAUCAAGGCAUGGCUUGAUCAAGGACACAGAACUUGUCCUGUAACAGGAAAGAAAUUGGAAACUUUGGCCAUUCCUCUUACGAAUCUUGUUUUGCAACGUGUCAUUAAAAAUUGGAAUUCCAAUCGCCGGAGGAAUCUUCUGGCCUGCCUUUCUCAGAGAGUGAACAGUUCAGGAAAAUCUACGACUAAAGACAAGAGUGAAAUGACAAUAUUUAUAUUAGAUCAGUUUCUAACUGCUUGUGGCAAAGUGGAAGCAAUGGAGAAUGCCAAUUAUCUUAUUGCUAAUGGAUACUUGUGGUUUCUUAUUCGACUGUUUGAAUCGGGAAAUCUGGAAGAGAAGACACGUAUUUUGGCACUCUUAUCUUGUUGUAUUGAAGCAGAUGGACAGUGCAGAAAUCAGAUAGCUAAUGAAAUUAGUAUAAGUUCUCUUGUCAAUCUACUUUAUAGCAAUCAGGUUAAGACAUUAGAAAGUGUCGUGCAGCUUCUGACCAAAUUAAUUUGCCUCGAGAGGAGAAAAGAUGUUAGUUUAUUUUUAAGCCGCUUGCUGAGUGAAGAUUCAGAAGAUACACUGCAGGCUAUCCUUGUAUACCUCCAAAAUUCUCCCCCUGUGCAAAGGCCACUUGUUGCUGUACUUCUGUUACACUUCAACCUAGUGGUAGAAUCUCUGAACCACAGCAUGUACAUGGAAGAAGCUCUUGAUGCCAUUAUCGAAGCCCUUGAUUCUAGCUUAACUAAUGAGAAGAUCAGAGAAAGCUGUUGCAAAGCAAUUUUAAUUUUGGGGGGGCACUUUUCUUUGCCUGAGACGUUUGGGAUUUCGACGCUAAAAGACGCAGGGUUUAUUAACAAUUGUGAAGUGAAUUCUAUUGACUAUAAAGAAGAGAAUCCAGAAAUGGACAACAAAAAGAUAUUGGAUGAUGAAAAGCAGGCAAUUGAAGAAUGGCAGAGGAAGUUGACUUUAUCCUUGAUGAAGAGUGUGAAGCAAUCAUUUUUUGUGAUCGUUUCUAAAUGUUUGGCUACUGGAAGCCUUGAUUUAGUGGGGGUAGGGCUAUCAACUUUGACAUGGUUGAGUUUUACCCUACCUCUCCUUUCUGCUCCAAAGUUUCAUUCCUUAGCCAUAUCAGAUAUUAUCUGUAUGCUUAAAGAUAGCUUGCAAAAUAGUAUGCUAGUUGAACACAAGGUUCUUGCUUCAACUUGUCUGCUCAAUCUCAGCAAAAUUGCAGAAUACAGGCCAAUUGUGAUUGCUAUGCGCAAAGAGAUUGAAGAUCCUCUUAGAAGCAUUGCGAAAAUCUCACAGACUGCUAAGCAACUUUAUGCCAUGAUUUCUACAAGGGAAGAUAGAUAUUUGAACGGAAGAAAAGAAGAUAAGAAAAAUUUUGAUUCAUAUUCAUAGUUUACGGUUUUGUAGCUAAUUACUAACCCUUUUUUUUUACUACCAUGAUGAAACACUGCACAUCUCCUGAGGUUUGAUAUGAGAAGGGAAAAAAGGGAUGACCUAAAGUCCCUGUGAAAGAAUAGUACUAGGAAAUUAAUAGCAUCUCUCUACAAAUUUGUACAAAAAGAUUUUUUUUUUUUUUUUGGAUAAUUAUAAUGGAUAGCACUUUUCUGGACGAUUGUUGUAUUUACAACGGUCACUUUUUUUCUUGCUUUCUAUGUAGAGCCAUUUGAAAUCGUUUUCAAAUGAUUUAGAGUGUAUGUUAUGAAGAGUGUAUAUUUAAGUAUGGUAUUCCCUUUCUCCAACCAAUUGCGACAGUAAAUUUGUGGACUCUGCCUACUUUG